AUGAAACCAGGAGAAGAAGACAGACCAAAUCACCAGGCCAUCCCUCCCCGACAUACCACGCCCUGGACACACACACACACACACACCUACCUAGGUAGUGAGUGUAUUUGUAUACAGCACCCUCUCACACUCACAGGACACUUCCCCGUCAAUCCUCCUAUUCGUGGGCCGGUGGGUUCUCAAAGGACAGAAGCCCUCCUAUCCCCCAGACACUGCUCCAGCUUGCUUCAGCACUGUGUCGCCACCCGAAUUCUGCAUAGCAUCGGCCGAACCUUUCACAUCUUCGGCCGUCCGCCGUCCCUUCCCCGGAGACAGACGGUUCUAGCUCCGCCUCGAGGCCGCACAUGCAUCUCAUCCGCUCCGGUCUUCCUACAUUUGCACAGGAAGAAAUACUGGUGGUCUCCAUUCACCUCACCGCCGGCUUCACAUCGCAUUGCAGAGCUCUUAACCACAAUCUUGAGCACCUACAUAGUCACACGUAGGCGGCAGCAAAACUUCUCCGUGAGUAAAUGAAGCCGAGCCCGUUCGUGGAGAGCUUUCAU